CGUUUACCUCCAGAAGAGGGCGUGCAGGUUUCCCUUGGCGAAGUUGCCGAGAAGGACUCGACCGACUGGUGCACUUCUGUGCUAUUUGGAACUGCGAGACGGAGGGAGAGAACUAGGAAGAAAGGAAACCGCAUUUUCCCCCCACCGGUUAUUUUCACUCGACUGUUCAACCGACAUACAUUUUAGAUCCGUCGGAUCAGUUCAGCUUCCGCUAACUGUGGAAUGUAAACUGGUAGUCAAGAUACUGUAAGCUCCUGUCAAACAUUUGGAACGCGUUUUUGCUGAGGAGUUUUCGGUAUUUGGUGGUAUUCUCUCUUAAAAUCUGCCGAGAGGGGAAAAAAAAGAAAGAAAAAAAACAACGCCUACGCAAUAUGACAUGAUGGAUGGCUGGAAUGCAAAGAGAACGUUGCGUGUAUGUUCUCCAAACUUUAUUGUGAUUGUUAUUCUGGAUUAAAAUUAACUGGUUUGGGAAAUUCUUGAGAUUUUUCAACGUUUCAACUCAUUCUAAUUGAAGGCAUUACACUAAACCUUUGCCCUCGGAAAGUAUGCGAGUGGAUCUUCGUGAAAACUCUGGGCUUAUUUCCAGGUUUUAUUGGACAAGUGAGGCAUGAUCCACGGCUGGGCUGCGGGAUUGACCAAAAGAUACGUGGUUGCGAGACUCGCCUUCGCCCCCGAACUCAGCGGCGGGCAGGUGCGCUUGGAGUCCGCGGCUGCGCGAGGUGGUCGGCUCGUGGAUUAGAACGGAACCGUCAGAGAGGAGCGCGAGUCAUGCGGGCUCGGGAGGCAUGCGCUAGAAUGCUCUAAACCUGUGGACAGGACACGGACAAGUACGCGGAUAUGGGCUCCCUCCUCCAGGGCAGAAAGCUGCUGGUGCCCCUGCUGGUGCAGGCCCUCCUCCUGGCGGGGUGGUGCCGGGGCGAGAAGCCGUGCCCCCGGAGCUGCCGCUGCGACGGGAAGAUCGUGUACUGCGAGUCCAGCGCCUUCCGCGACGUGCCCAAGCACAUGUCCGGCGGCUGCCAGGGCCUGUCGCUGCGCUACAACAGCCUGGCGGGGCUGCGCGCGGGCCAGUUCGUGGGCCUCAACCAGCUGAUCUGGCUCUACCUGGACCACAACUACAUCAGCGGCGUGGACGCCCAGGCCUUCCGCGGCAUCCGCCGGCUCAAGGAGCUCAUCCUCAGCUCCAACCGGAUCACGCAGCUCCACAACACCACCUUCCACCCCGUGCCCAACCUGCGCAACCUGGACCUGUCCUACAACAAGCUGCAGGCGCUGCAGCCGGGCCAGUUCCAGGGCCUGCGCAAGCUGCUCAGCCUGCACCUGCGCUCCAACUCGCUGAAGAGCGUGCCCGUGCGCCUCUUCCAGGACUGCCGCAACCUGGAGUUCCUGGACCUGGGCUACAACCGCCUGAGGAGCAUCACCCGCAACGCCUUCCAGGGCCUGCUGCGUCUGACCGAGCUGCACCUGGAGCACAACCAGUUCUCCAAGAUCAACUUCUCCCACUUCCCGCGGCUGCUCAACCUGCGGGCGCUCUACCUGCAGUGGAACCGCAUCCGCUCCAUGAGCCAGGGCCUCACCUGGAUCUGGACCUCCCUGCAGAAGCUGGACCUGUCCGGCAACGACCUGCAGGCGGUGGAGGCCAGCGUCUACCAGAGCCUGCCCAACCUGCAGACCCUCAACCUGGACUCCAACAAGCUCAGCAACGUGUCCCAGGAGGCCGUGGCCGCCUGGAUCUCCCUCACCACCAUCAGCCUGGCGGGCAACGUGUGGGACUGCGGCCCGGCGGUCUGCCCCCUGGUGGCCUGGCUGAGGAACUUCAAGGGGAACAAGGAGACCACCAUGAUCUGCGCGGCGCCCAAGGCGGCGCAGGGGGAGAAGGUGACGGACGCCGUGGAGGCCAGCGGCGUGUGCCGGGCCACGCCCCGCCCCUCCGCCGUCGCCCCGGCGACCCCGCCGGAAACGCCCCGGCAGCCCGCGCCCCCCACGCCAUCCCGGGCCGGCCCCCCCGCCGGCGCCCCCGCCCCCCCCUCGGCCGCCGCCACGCCCGCCGCCCCCGAGCCGGAGUUCGAGCACGUCUCCUUCCACAAGAUCGUGGCGGGCAGCGUGGCGCUCUUCCUGUCGGUGGCCAUGAUCCUGCUGGUGAUCUACGUGUCGUGGAAGCGCUACCCCAGCAGCAUGCGGCAGCUGCAGGAGGGCGCGGCCGCGCGGACGCGCCGCAGGAAGCCGCGGGAGGCCGAGCGCACGCUCAGCUCCCCCCUGCAGGAGUACUAUGUGGACUACAAACCCACUAACUCUGAGACCAUGGACAUGCUGGUCAAUGGCAGCGGACCCUGCACGUACACCAUCUCCGGCUCCAGAGAAUGCGAGGUCCCGCACCAGGUGAGUGCUCUGACAUUCUACCGAUAUGACCAGCCCAUAGUGGACUACUGCCAGGCUCACCAAUCCUUGCACCUCAACAUGGGAUUUGAGGGCCCCCCCCAGGGCCUGGAGCGGCUGGAGGACCUGGGGCCCCGGGACGGCGGCACCAUCCAGACGGUGGCCAUCCCAACGGGGCCCGCGGCCUCUCUUGCCAACCCCCGGACCACGCCCACCGCCACGCCCUCGGGGGAGGGCCCCGCCCCCGGCUUCCCGCCCGCCGAGCGGUCCAUGCUAACUUUCGGACGCUAGAGACCGCCGGCUCCACCUCGGCCAACAGCGGUGCAAUGAGAGGGCGGGGCCUAACAGACGCCGCCUAAUGGGGUUCCCCGUUUUUUAAAACUCUGAAGCCCGUUUG